AUGUGCGGAAUCUUUGCCUAUCUCAACUUUUUGACACCAAAAAAACGAUCGGAGAUUGUUGAUAUUUUGGUGCAAGGAUUGCAACGAAUGGAGUACAGAGGUUACGAUUCAGCUGGUAAGUUUUAAAUAUUUUGAAUUUCAAAAAACAAUUUUAAUUUGUUUCAAUUUUCAGGAAUCGCAAUCGAUGGUUCAAACGAGAUCGAAAGUCCACAUUCAAAAGUUUCACUUCUUCGAAAAACUGGAAAAGUUUCGGUGCUCGCCGAUUACAUCAAAACCAAUUCGGAUCACUUGGACAUGGAUAUGGAAUACAAUAUUCAUUGUGGAAUUGCACAUACUCGUUGGGCUACUCAUGGAUCUCCAAAAGAUGUCAAUUCUCAUCCACACAGAUCAAAUGAAAAGAAUGAGUUUUUGGUUGUUCACAAUGGAAUUAUCACUAACUACAGAGAAAUCAAGGAAUAUUUGAUGAAAAAGGGACAUGUUUUUGAGGUAAGCUAUGAAUUUUGAUAGGAUUAUCUUAGGAAAAUUAUCCCAGAGAAUCUAAACCUUGACCAUUCUACCUAGCCUUUUCCCCGAAAUGCCCUAAAUCUUUGUUUUUUUAGUCCGAAACUGACACUGAGGUUAUUGCCAAACUCACUCAACACAUCCAUGACAGAUAUCCGGAUUUCUCCUUCAGACAACUCGUCGAAACUGUCAUCCAACAAUUGGUAAUUUGAUUUUCAAUUUCAAAAUCCAAACUCAACCUUUAUUUCUUUUUAGGAAGGUGCAUUUGCUUUGGCAUUCAAAUCUUCGCGCUUCCCUGGCCAACUUGUUGCUUCCCGUCGUGGUUCUCCACUUUUGGUUGGAAUCAAGAGCAAUUCUCGCCUUCAAACUAAUCACUUCCCGGUUUCUUUCUCCAAAGGUUUGUUGGUUUAUUUAGCUCAAAUUUAUCUGGAAUUUUGUUCCAAAAAAAUAUUAUGAAAUUCUCAUUCUCAAUUUAGACGCUGGUUGGACCUGGGGAGAUGAAAAACAGGCAGAUGGUAAGGGGAAUCUACUGAUUAAUUAACCUGUGUUUUUAAUAAUUGCUUUAACCUAUUUCUGGGGGGAUCCUUGAAUACUUUAACCGCAUGUCUGCUUGUCCUUAGCAAAUUCUGAAUUUUUCUCUCUAAUUGAAUUUUUUCCAGGACGUCGAUUCAUGUCAAAUCAUGCUACACAUUGUAAGUUUCAUAUUUUCUUUUUCUUUAUUUUUCAAAUCAAUGGUUUUUUUGCAGUGCGUGAUGAGAGUUCGUUUGUUGAAACACCUAACAAUAUUCUCGAUUUAUCAAUUGGUAAGAUUCCGUUUUUUUUCUUCAAAUUUUAUCACUUCCACCUGGAAAUGUAUUUAGAAAAAGUAGAAGUAGUUAAUCUCCCAGUUGUUCAAGACGAUUCACAACGAAGACUAUCGGCAUAUAUUCAAUCUUUGAACGGUUUAGAGUUUGAGCAUGCUUUCUUUUCUCAUAUUAUCAGCUCCUCAUUUAUCUAAUAACCAAAACCAUAAUAUCUAAGUUCUUCGUUAACAAAACUACAGCUUUUAUUCUCUAAAAAUAAAACAAAUUGAAUUAUUCAGCUGUUCGCUCGCAAGUUGGAUCGGGAAAAAUCGAUGUGACUGACAGUACUACAGCUGUUCGACCAUUCGAUUCGGAAGAUUGGGAAGUCGAAUAUUUCGUCGCUUCUGAUGCUGCUGCCAUUAUUGAACAUACCAAACAAGUAUUAUUCUUGGAAGAUGAUGAUGUUGCAUUUGUUGAAGAUGGUGGAUUGACAAUUCAUCGAAUCUCGAGACAUGCUGAUAAUGGAGAACAAAAGAGAAUUGCAAUCAAUUGAUAUGGAAUUGCAAGAAAUCAUGAAGGUAAUCACGGUCUAUUCCUUUCCUUAUAUAAUUUUUCUCUUUCAGGGAUCAUACAAGACUUACAUGCAAAAAGAAAUCUUCGAACAACCUGACUCAAUUGUCAAUACAAUGCGUGGUCGUCUUCUUCCAUCUGGACAAGUUGUUCUUGGAGGAAUCAAAGAAUACUUGCCGGAUAUCAAAAGAUGUCGUCGCCUUAUUAUGGUUGCUUGUGGAACUUCGUAUCAUUCAGCAAUUGCUUGUCGUCAAAUUCUUGAAGAACUCUCAGAAUUGCCAGUUGUUGUUGAAUUGGCGUCGGAUUUCCUUGAUCGUCAAACUCCAAUCUUCCGUGAUGAUGUUUGUAUUUUCAUUUCACAAUCUGGAGAAACUGCUGACACUUUGAUGGCUUUGAGAUAUUGUAAACCACGUGGUGCAUUGACUAUUGGAGUUACAAAUACUGUUGGAUCUUCGAUUUGUCGUGAAUCUCAUUGUGGAAUUCAUAUCAAUGCUGGACCGGAAAUCGGAGUUGCUUCAACUAAAGCUUAUACUUCACAAAUUCUUUCACUCUUGAUGUUUGCAUUGACUUUGUCAGAUGAUCGAAUUUCGAUGCAACAAAGAAGAGAUGAAAUUAUUCAAGCUUUGAAUGAUCUUCCAAGUGAGUUUUUAUUGACAGAAAUAUGGCAGCGUUGCUUUGACAAACUAAUAAUUUUUUUUGCAGACCAAAUUCGCGAAGUUCUUCAACUCGACUCACAAGUUCAUGACAUUGCUCAACGCAUUUACAAAGAGAAAUCACUUCUUAUCAUGGGACGUGGUUUCAAUUUUGCCACUUGCCUUGAAGGAGCCUUGAAAAUCAAGGAAUUGUCUUAUAUGCAUUGCGAAGGAAUUAUGUCUGGAGAAUUGAAGCACGGUCCAUUGGCAAUGGUUGAUGAAUUCUUGAGUAUUUGUAUGGUUAUUUGUAACGAUCAUGUUUACAAGAAAUCAUUGAAUGCUCUUCAACAAGUUGUUGCUCGAGAUGGUUCACCAAUUAUUAUUGCCGAUACAUCUGUUCCAGAAGGUGAUUUGGCAUCGAUGAAACACGUUUUGCGAGUUCCAAAAACAGUUGAUUGUGUUCAAAAUAUUUUGACAGUUAUUCCACUUCAAUUAUUAUCAUAUCACAUUGCUGAAUUGAAUGGAGCCAAUGUUGAUCGCCCGAGAAAUUUGGCUAAAUCAGUAACAGUUGAAUAA